AUGAUAUUCCAGGUAGCACCUCUAAUUGUGGCUUCCGCGAUCGCACGAUUCGUAGCUGCGGAAGUUGCGCCGGAGAUCACCACCGUUGCAGAAGGCUACAACGUGAUUGCCAAGCUCCCAUGUAUUGGCUGCCCGUUCCUACACCAGGACACGUCACAAGGCAGCGAUGCACCAUGGACUGAGAGGAAAGAUGAUAACGCUCUGCUGCUGAACAUCUCUCUCCCAUACGACUCAUCGCGAUUGAACAUCAACAAUGCUCCACUGCUAGCAGACUCAAAGAUUCUGCCGCGGAUAUACGUCAAUCAAGUCUUGUUGGACACGUCGAAAGACGAUGUCGAUAAGCUUGUUGAAUCCAAUCAGCUCGACAACCUUGGAGGUGCUUACUUUGGCGCUUCAUACUCCUACUCGUUACGUCGUCUCAAGGAGUCCAACGCGCUGCUAUUCUACUUCGAUGUCAUGGAGAUGUGGACUGAUCUGACCUCUCCACAUCUUACCAUCAUCAUGGACAAGGAGGAGCAGAAGGUUUUGGAAGUCGUGCUUCUACAGCGUCCCUUGCUCUCAGCUGGCGACCAUGCGAGCGCGUACGAAAUCAUCCGUGCUUCACUCGUUCCACGUAAAGAUAUCAAAAAACCGAUGAAAAUGCACAUGUGGUUCCACGACUGGGAUGCCAAUGGCAAGAAAGGCACAGCGACACAUAUGGUCAAUUCGGCUUCGUCAUCCUUUAUCGACUACAUCAGCUCUGGCAUCUGGUCUUUGUUCAUAUUUAUUCUUGCAGUCAUGGCGCUGUUCGUCAUUGUGUGUUUGUUUAUCAUCUUUGGGUGUGGAUUGCAUAAAGACGACUACGAACAGGCGCAGCAUGGCAAACGCAAAAGUGGUGGAAGGAAUGAUAUAGAGUCCGUGCGGAGGUUCAGGACACCCGAAGAGCUGGGACUCAGAGGCAGUGGAAGGGUGGUUGGAGUUGGGAAGAGCGAUUGA